AUGGACAAGUUUGAAGAGAUUUAACUGGAUGCUGACACUGGUUUCCAGGAGCGUCUGAAGAUCCCGUUUGGGCAGAAGCUCCUGGAUGCCGUCCUGUGUUCCCCCUCCUCAGCAGAAGACGUCCACACCGCCGUCAUACUCACGCACGGUGCUGGAGGAGACAUGAACUUCACACACCUGGUUUCUGUGGCUCGUGCACUGGCCUCCAGCGGCAUCUUCUGUCUGCGAUUCACAUGCAAAGGACUCAACCUGGCCUACAGAGUGAAGGCGUACCGCGCUGUGUGGGACUACUUGAAAACACUGAAGUUCACCUUAAAGAACAUUUUUGUUGGUGGCAGGUCCAUGGGGGGUCGUGCUGCUGCGGCUCUGUGCAGACAGCUGAGUGCUGGAACAGAAGGUGCAGUUGGAGGCCUCAUCUGUCUGUCCUUCCCCCUCCACCCCCCCGGACAGACGGACGCCCACCGGCAGCGCAGUGCGGACCUCAGGGAGCUGCCUGAACACAUGGAGGUGCUGUUUGUGUCUGGAACUGAGGACCAGAUGUGUGAGAAGGUGGUUUUCAACAGGAUGCUGAAGGAAAUGAAAGCUCAGGUGGAGGUUUUCUGGAUAAACGGAGGCAGCCACGGACUGACAGUGAAGGACAGGUCAGAGGACUCUGUUUUACAACAAGUCAACUCACAUGUCAUCGCAUGGACUAAGAAGCAUCAGCUGUAGACCAAUGGGAG